UUGCAGGCUCCUGUGUCGUCAGUGUCCCUCACAUCGGGAAGCGGAGAAUAUACCUUUCACAAUGGGAGUAUUUGCACUGACAUUUUUCUGGUUACUUUUUGUGUUUGGAGUAGGGGACUCACAUGGUAUCCUUGAAAUCAACACAGGGCGUAUUGGAUACCCUGAUGGACAUGAUUGUGAAGAAAUGCCUCCAUCAUCGCCGACAGUUGGAGCAGAUAGUGAACCAUCUCGCCUUCUCGUUGCUCGAUACUCUUACAGAGGUACACCGCCAAAAGAAAUACGGCUUGCUGACAGGUCCGUUCGGGAUUACCCAUUCCUCAACUCCAGUCAGAUCAGCUCUCUUGCGUAUGUCUCACAGCUGAGAAGGUUGUUAGUUGCUAUAGACAACCCUUAUGCCAUCACAUCAUAUACACUAGACGCACCGGAAGACAUGGUUACACUAAGGCGUCACAUCCGUACAAACGCAAUGGCCGUGGACCAGGGGAGACAACUCGUCUUUCUUUCCGCGUACCACCCGCUAUACAGCAUCUGUCGGAUGACACCACAGGGCGGGGAGUUUCAGUACGUACUUACACAGUCUCGGUAUGACGGAACAUUUAUUGGCGUCACUGUUGAUCCGGCGACAAGGACGGUAUUCACGGCGUUUCGGACGAAGCUCCUCUCAGUGAACUACGACGGUGAACAUUUGCAGACAUUGUUUACUGGUGAGGCUGUAUAUGCUGUGAAUUUCGAUCCAGUGGACCAUACCCUGUACUUCAACCACAACGAAAACGUGAUGAAGAUGUUGCCUGGUUCCACCGAGCCUACUCAGGUGCAUGAGUUGGAGUAUGUACCGUUCACAUUCGCUUACUAUAACAGCAGCCUUUAUGUCGGAAGCUAUGCAGCUGGAGAUGUCGGUGUCAUACGUCUUGGCAACCGUUCCGUAGAAUACGAGGAGUUGCUGCAGGUGGAACUCACUUUUCGCGUGAGCGUUUGCUUACUACCAUAAAAGGCAAUAACAUGACGAUAUUACAUGCCAGUCUAAUAAUGUAGUUUCUCGGAAACAAUUAUCUCUGAUGAUGUGACUGUUAUGCCUGUGUAUCAUGUUAUUGAUAGACGAGUUUGUAGCAGGUGCUUCUAUAAACUGAAUAUAAAUAGGCAUUGAUUCUUGUCAUAUUCA